AUGUCACCCCGGCGCGAAGGAUCCCACACAUCAGAAUCACAGAAUGGUCGAAAAGACCCACGGCGAGACCGUGAGGACUCAAAUCAUGAAGACAUAGACGAUGAGGAUCUCUGCCCUGUCUGCCGCUUACUGCUUUACAACCCGGUAACGACAAGAUGCAAUCAUACGCUUUGCUCGUCAUGUAUGCAGCGUUGGGCAGAUGUAUCCAUGACUUCUCAGAUGACCAUACUUCCGCCAUCAAAUCUGCCAUCGAUGUUUUCAGGUGCGGACACAGAGGCGAGGUGUCCUAUGUGCCGUACGCCCACCUCUGCAACACCAAAUUCAACGAUAGCUACACAGCUCCAAGAGAAAUAUCCUAUUACCUACCAAACACGAGCGACCGAAGAAACUUCGGAGGACGACCCGAAUGCUAGCACGAUAGAAACGCUUACCCUCUGUAUCGGCAACACCCACAAACUCAUCUCACCAGCGCCCGAAUCACAAAACAUGCACCUCUGGAACUUUUUCGUCAGGCCCUCGCGCACAGACAUCAUUGCUGCCGUGGAGGUCCAAUUACAUCCUACUUUCCGGCCCCCACAUUUGCGUCUUACCCAAGCACCUUACGAGAUCCAACGCAAAGGAUGGGGAUAUUUCGUUAUUACCACACAUGUGAUCUUGAAGCCAGGUUGGAGCUGGGUGUCAGAGGAUGCGGAGGCAGUGCCGUUUAGAGGUGAUGAAGUAAAGGCCAAAUUGCCGCUGGAUUGGACGCUGGACUUCAGUGGGAAUGAGGGAAAGGGGAGUAUGGGGAGGUGUAGGUUGAAGAUCAGGAGAGAGGGGGAUAGGGAGAAGAGACAGAGGGAAGAGGAGGAUGGGGCUGAGGAUGGGAGAUGGGAGGUUCAAAUGGUGCAUGAUGAUGAGGAUGAUGAAGACGACGAGGAAGACAAUGACGAGGAUGACGAAGAGGGGGCUUGA